UCUGGAAGCUCUAACCCUUCUGCAAUUAUUUUCCAUCUGCAACUUGUAUAUGUUUUUGGUAUUACACAUUAUUGGUACAAGAUGCAUCCAAGUAUUUAUUGUGGGCAUACAAUGGGUUCAGUAAAACAGCUGGCUGACUCUGUGACUGAAGUGUGUUUCAAUAAAAACAGAGCUGGCUAACCAGCAUGCAAAUCCAGGACUGGAGAUUCACCCCUUACCCCGCAGAACCAUCGUGCAAAUCCAGGACUAGAGAUUCACCCCUUACCCUGCAGAACCAGCGUGCAAAUCCAGAACUCGAGAUUCACCCCUUACCCUGCAGAACCAGCGUGCAAAUCCAGGACUGGAGAUUCACCCCUUACCAUGCUGUGACAGGCAGCUCUUGUGUAGGAAAACAAACAUGCUGCAGUGCUGGGGCUCUUCCAGCAGGCGAAUGAGAAUGACCCCCCAGCGAUGCUAGGGCUACCAUGGGCAGCGUCACGUUGCGCUAUUUCUGCUAUGGGUGUCUAUUCACUUCCGUGACCUGGACACUUCUGCUCUUCAUUUACUUCAACCUUAGCCAGGAAAGCCAGCCCUUGAAGAAUGUGCCCGUCAAGGGGGUCCAGUCCUUCAAGUACUUCCCCAGGAAGUUCCAGCCCCGCUUCACAAGGAGCCCCAUCUGGCUGCAGGGUCCCAACCAGCGCUGGGGCAAGGAGGAGGGCCGCAAGAAAGCGGCAGAGUUCUCUCCAGAAAUGGGAAUGAUUUUCAAUGAAGUGGACCAGGAGGUGAGAGACAUGGGCUACCACAAACAUGCUUUUAAUGUACUCAUCAGUAACCGGCUGGGCUAUCACAGGGAGCUGCCUGACACCAGGAACACAAAAUGUAAAGGAAAGCCCUACCCUGUGGACCUCCCGAGUGCCAGUGUUGUGAUUUGUUUCUUUAACGAAGCGUUCUCAGCCCUGCUGCGCACGGUGCACAGUGUUUUAGAUCGAACCCCAUCCUACCUGCUGCACGAAGUCAUACUGGUGGACGACAACAGCGAAUUCACUGACCUGAAGGAGGAGCUAGACGCAUAUAUCAAGAAGAACCUUCCUAGCAAAGUGAAGCUAGUGCGCAAUGCAAAACGAGAAGGGCUGAUUAGAGGCAGGAUGAUUGGAGCAUCUCAAGCAACUGGGGAGGUCCUGGUUUUCUUGGACAGUCACUGUGAGGUGAAUGAGAUGUGGCUGCAGCCUCUACUGACCCCCAUAAAGGAGGACCGGCGGGCGGUGGUGUGCCCCGUGAUUGACAUCAUCAGUGCAGACACCCUCCGCUACAGCUCCUCCCCCAUCGUGCGGGGGGGCUUCAACUGGGGCCUGCACUUUAAAUGGGAUCCUGUGCCUCUCUCUGAGCUGCACGGCCCCGAGGGGGCCACUGUACCAAUCCGGUCUCCCACGAUGGCAGGAGGCUUGUUUGCGAUGGACAGGAAGUAUUUUAAUGAGCUGGGGCAGUAUGACAGCGGCAUGGACAUCUGGGGAGGAGAGAACUUGGAGAUCUCCUUCAGAGUCUGGAUGUGUGGUGGCAAGUUGUUAAUAAUCCCUUGCUCGAGAGUCGGACACAUUUUCCGCAAGCGCCGGCCAUACGGGUCACCUGGAGGUCAGGACACCAUGGCACAUAACUCUCUGCGCCUGGCUCACGUGUGGAUGGAUGAGUACAAGGAGCAGUACUUUGCAUUGAGACCAGAGCUGAGAAGCCGGAACUAUGGAGAUAUCAGCGAGCGACUGGCUGUGAGAAAACGACUCCACUGCAACUCGUUUAAGUGGUACCUGGACCACAUCUACCCAGAGAUGCAGGUGUCAGCUCCCAAUUCCAAAGUACAGCACCCUGUGUUUGUGAACAAGGGACUGAGGCGACCCAAAGUCCUGCAGCGAGGAAGGCUUCGUAACCUUCUGACGAGCACAUGCCUGGUUGCCCAGGACCGCCCCAGCGAGAAGGCAGGGAUCGUGGUGGUGAGAGACUGCGACUCUGAAGAUCCAGAGCAGGCAUGGGCCUACAAUGAGGAGCAGGAGCUGAUCCUGGCCGGGCUGCUGUGUCUGGACAUGUCAGAGACGCGCUCCUCCGACCCGCCUCGUCUCAUGAAGUGCCACGGCUCCGGGGGCUCGCAGCAGUGGACAUUCGGGAGGAGUAACCACCUGUACCAAGUGUCUGUUGGCCAGUGUUUGAUGGUUGUUGACCCACUUAGCCAUAAAGGGUACGUUGCUAUGGGGAUAUGUGACGGCUCUAAGGCCCAGCAAUGGCAGCUUGAAGACUGACACUGCCAGGAAAGGACGGGGUCUACAUCAUUUAUAAACCCUUACUGGAAUUGAGACAUGCUCAGCUUGGACCUGAGGCUCCUUGUUAGCUGUCUGCCAACAGAGGAAAGCCAAGUUGGACUUGUUCCUGGAUAAGCCAGUCACACAAUGGUUUUAGCAGAAGACUGGAGCACACAAUCGACACAAUAGUAUUGUUGAACUGUUUAUAGAACUAGGGAGAAUUUUAGAAGAAACUUACAAAGGAUAUGCUAAUUUAAACAGACUUAGUUCAAGUUAUUUUAUCAUUUUGUUUUAAAAAUUAAAAUAUAACAUUUUAAAUGAUGAUUUUGGGGGGGGGGGGGGGGGGAUAG